CGUAAAUACUCAAUCGCCUGAGAGUAUUAUUGUUGUUUUAAGAAUAAAUGUUAUAAAAGCAAGAUCAGCGACAAAAGUCAAGUUUAGUCUGAAAUCGGUAGUUUGUUAAUGAAAAUAUAACUCUAUUGUGAGUACUGAACAAUGCGUAGCUGUUGCUUUAUAUUCAUCAUCUUGAUGCACUUUCGCUGUUUUAUGUCCAACGAGCUUCACAUUGAGGAAAUUACAAAUGAGACACAAAGAUGUAUCUUAGGAGAAGGUCCACAUUACGAUGUUAAGUCACAAAACUUGUAUUAUGUUGACAUUGCAGCACCUGCUAUAUUCCGUUAUAGUCUCGAAACUGGAAAGAUCUUUAAAGCAACAAUCAAGGACAACAACUCUCAAUUGGGUUUCAUAACACCGAUUGAAGGAAAGACUGAUGAAUUUGUUGUUGGUGCUGGACAUGAUUUGACUGUUAUUAGAUGGAAUGGUGAGUCUGAGGAAGCAACUGUUCUGAAAGUUCUCGUGACUGUUGACAGCCAAUUUCCAACGAAUCGCAUUAAUGACGCAAAAUGUGACCCAAAAGGACGUCUUUUCUUCGGUACAAUGGGCGAUGAAACAUCAAAUCUCAAGCAACAUCCAACUGGAUUCCUCUAUCGUUAUCAAACUUAUCCAAAUGCAACAAUAUUGAGAGAUAAUGUAGGAAUUUCAAAUGGUCUAGCAUGGAAUGAGAAUUUGGGAAAAUUCUAUUACAUUGAUUCUGUCACACGAAAUGUCAAGGCAUAUGAUUAUGAGUCAUCAACAGGGCAUAUCAGCAAUGAAUCAGUUCUUAUUGACUUUGCAGUCACUCAUCCAGAUAACGAGUUUGCACCCGAUGGCAUGACAAUUGAUGAGAAUGGAUUUCUUUAUGUAGCUACUUGGAAUGGAGCAAGAAUUUUAGUAAUUAAUCCAGUGACUAAAGAAAUUGUUCGAGAAAUUCAAAUGCCAACUGCCAAAGUUACUUCGCUCGCAUUCGGUGGACCAAGUCUAGACAUUCUCUUUGUCACAACAGCUGCAUAUCCAGCUUCAUACACACAUCCACCGCCAUCUGGUGCUGUUUUCAAAAUAACUGGAUUAAAUGUCAAAGGACUUCCAAUGAGUAACUUCAAAUUUGAUUAAGGAAAAUAAUUACACAUAAUAAGAAAAGAUUAAGUAAGGUUUUUAUCAAGGGGUGAGGGCUCCUCUCUACUCAUUGCAAUUUGGCUAAACUUUACUGCAAUUCAUUGCAAUUACAGUCCUUUGGUGUACUAUAGCAAAUUUUAUUGCACUUUGCUGCACUAAAUUGCAAUUUACUCUACUUCAUUCUACUUUGUUGCACUUUACUCGACUUUAUUCUACUUUAUUGCACAAAUUAUUCAGUUAAUGAUGUUAAUACUUUUAAUCUAUUUAUAUUAAUUUUUCAAAAGAAAAGAGCCAUUAAACAUGAUUGGUUAUUAUAAAUUUGUCUUUAAAAUUAUUGCAAAAAUGCAAUAAUGCGAAAUGCAAAAAUGCUAAAACUGUUAAAAACCUCCUUUAAUUCAAUUAUUAAUGAAUAUCUUAAAACGUAAGGAAAAAUGUCGAAAAAAAUGCAAUAUUAGAAGACUUUCACAUUUUUGAGAAAAAAAUGCAAUUCCAUAAAUAAACACAAAGAUGUGCAAUUUGUUUAAAAUUUGGACCGUAUUCAUGUGUGAAUAUAUUGUAUUUGAUCAGAUUGCAAAAUCAGUUUUCGGGAAAACGAAGCAUAAAGAUAAAUCAAGAUCCGCACCAAAAAGUUUUUGCCUUCAGUUUUACAUCGUAAUAAAAAAUCAAAAUUGAAAUUGAUUAAGGCAUUGCUGAGAAAAUCGCAAAAUUCAUUUUCUGUAAGCAAGCAAACAAUCAAAUUUUGCAAUCGAUUCGUGUAGCUCUAUAAAAGAACUAAUGUUAAUGUGAUUUUAAUAAAAUUGAACUUUGGAA